CUAGAACUGCAUCUGAGGGGGAAUUGGCUUAGUGGGUCAGUACCAACAUAUCUAGAAAAAUGUUCCAAACUGGAAAUUCUUGACCUCAGUCUCAACAAUCUCUAUGGCGUUGUUCCAGAGCUCCAGAGGCUUAGCAAUCUGCAAGAUGUGCAUCUAUCAGAGAAUCAGCUUAGUGGGCCAAUACCAACAUCUCUAGAGAAUUGUUCCAAACUGGAAAUUCUUAACCUGGCUCUCAACCGUCUCCAUGGCGUUAUUCCAGAGCUAGGUCACAAGCUCAGCAAUCUGCAAGAACUGCGUCUGGCGGGGAAUCAGCUUAAUGGGCGAAUACCAACAUCUCUAGGUAAUUUUUCCAAACUGGAACUUCUUUACUUCAGUCUCAAUAGUAUCACUGGCACAGUGCCUCUCCAAUUGGGUAAGUUAAGCUCUCUCCAACGUCUUUUACUGUCUGAUAACUUACUCACCAGCUCUAGGAAUUUGCCCUUUCUUAGAGCUCUUGUUAAUUGCUCUUCCCUGCAAACAUUAUACUUGGGUAAUAACUCUCUCGUUGGGGAAUUGUCCCCUUACGUUGGCAAGCUGUCUACCAAACUCUCUGUCUUGUCCUUGGAACAAAACUUCAUAGGACGGAGCAUACCUCAAGAAAUUGGCAAUCUCACUAGAUUGACACUUAUAAACUUCACCGCUAAUGCAUUCACAGGCUUCAUUCCAUCUGCACUAGAAAUGCUUAGGAAGCUAGAGAGGUUGUAUAUGGGCCAAAACAAAUUGCAGGGAUCCAUUCCCAGCAAGAUUGGUGCACUUCAGCAACUAGGGCUACUUUCUCUCUCAUUUAACCUUCUUAGUGGAGAAAUUCCUUCCAGUAUUGGCAAUCUUCAACAGCUAAGGCGCCUUUUGCUUGAUAACAACCAAUUUGGUGGAAAUAUACCUCCCUCUCUUAGCGGAUGUCUCAAACUAGAACUAGUUGACCUAUCCCAUAAUAAUCUCACUGGAAACAUACCACGAGAUGUUGCAGGCCUACCAAAUCUACAAUUUUACUUCAGUCUGUCUUGGAAUUUACUACAAGGAAGCCUUCCAGCUGAAAUUGGAGAAAUGACAAUGGUUCAAGGAAUAGAUUUAUCUGGAAAUCAAUUAUCUGGUGUCAUUCCAGCUAGUAUUGAAAUUUGUCGUAAUCUACAAUAUCUCAAUCUCUCUCAUAACAUUUUUGAAGGCCCAAUUACAGAUUCAAUUCCCAUGCUUCGAAAUCUCGAAGCAUUGGAUCUUUCCAACAACAAAUUGUCUGGUACAAUACCAGAUUCUCUUCAGUAUCUAAAGGUACUGAGGUUUCUGAAUGUUUCAUUUAAUUUGUUGAAAGGAGAAAUUCCUAAAGCAGGACCAUUUAGAAAGCUCACGGCGUCAUCAUUCAGAGGAAACCCUGGACUCUGUGGGCAAUGGAUAUUUUCAUUACCAAAAUGUCCGAGUGCAAAGCCAACUGGAGGCCAGCCAACUGGAGACCCCUGGAACUUCCAUAAAUUGUUUAAAUACAUAUGUUCUGUUAUCUCCUUUCUAGUCGUAUACUGCUUCUAUAUUUCAUUUUUGUACAAAUAUUUCUUUGGGAAGGGAAAUGUGGAACAACCAUCAAUAGAGUUUCCACAUCCUAGAAUCUCAUAUAAGGAGCUCAGUACUGCAACUAAUGGAUUUGGCAAGGGCAACUUGCUAGGAGUUGGUGGUGUUGGUUCUGUUUAUAAAGGAGUUUUGGAUAAUGGAACAUUGAUAGCUGUUAAGGCUCUCAAUUUGGAGGAUGAAGCAGCUCAUAAAAGUUUCAACAUGGAAUGCCAAGUGCUUGGUAAAAGCAGACACCGAAACAUAGUAAAAGUCGUAAGUUCAUGCUCUAAUCUUGACUUCAAAGGUUUGGUUUUUGAGUUCAUGUCUAAUGGAAGCCUAGAAAGGCAUUUGCAUUGUGAUUCUGGCAAGUGCAAUACUGGGGGUGUCUGUAAAAUAGAUUUACAGACGCGAUUGCAUAUAGCCAUGGAUGUUGCCCGUGGCUUGGCAUAUCUCCAUCAUGAUUGUUCAAUUCAAGUUGUUCACUGUGAUUUGAAGCCCAACAAUAUACUUCUGGACUUCUAUAUGACAGCACAUAUAGCUGAUUUUGGAAACGCCCAUAUACUAUCUGAAAAUUCUAUGGAUUCAUUUUCAGCAUCAACAACAUUGAAAGGUGCUCUAGGCUACAUUGCCCCUGAGUAUGGAGUUGGUGCAAGGAUUUCAGCCAAGGGAGAUGUUUACAGCUAUGGAAUUCUGCUAUUGGAAAUGUUAACAAGAAAGAGUCCAACACACCAGAUGUUUGUUGAUGGCCUCAGCUUGCGCAUGUGGGUCAGUAUGGCAUUCCCUGAUAGGAUUUCAGAGGUGGUUGAUGAUAGCGUGCUGUUGUGUAAUGGAGGUGUUACAGAUGCUACAUGCAAUUGUCUUAUUCAACUGAUUCGAGUAGCCUUGUUGUGCUCAAAAGAUUCGCCUAAAGACCGACCAAGUAUGGCAGAAGUCGUGGAGAUGUUAGAAUGUAUUGAGGGCAUGUUUGAAGGGAUUAGAAUAGAUUCAAAAUAUCAAUCUGAUCUCUACCAAAUCGUAAGCAGCGCAAGAUGGGCAGGAAAUCUAGACAAGGUAGGAAAGGGUCAGAGCACUUCCACAUUCCAGUCAACAUCCUAAAAUAUGAUGUAAACUGUACACCACAGAAUCAGGGAAACUGAAUUUCAUGUAAUAGUAGUGGUUGAAACUGCCCCGCUAUUCUGUGAAAGGGGAUACAAAUGCAAUAUAAAAAAUUGAUUAACCUUUUUUUUCUC